AUGUCUAUCGAGCCCAUCAAGAACGUUGCAAUCGUCGGUGCUAGUGGCCGCAUCGGUGGUGCGUUCGCAAAAGCCCUUUCGGCAACGGGAAAGCACAACGUCACUGUCCUCGUUCGGAAGGAGAGCAAAGCCACACUUCCCGAAGGAGUUCACGUCAUCAGGGUCGACUACAACGACGAGGACUCGAUCAUAAAUGCACUCAAUGGCCAGCAAUUUCUUGCCAUUACCCUCGGGGUUCGGGCUCCUGAAGACUUGCACGCAAAAAUCACCACCGCUGCUGGAAAGGCUGGAGUCACUUACAUCAUGCCCAACGCCUACGGAUAUCCAGCAAACCCAGAUAGCGAUGACGUUUACGGGAAGGCUGUUCUGACCAGGCUGAACGAUGCCAACAAUGGCGUUUCCUCUGGGGUAACUCUUUCUUGUGGAUUCUGGUACGAGUGGAGUCUGGCGAGUGGUGAGCAGUGGUUCGGCUUUACGAUCAAAGACCGAAAAGUCACAUUCUUCGAUGACGGGAAACGCACUCUAACGGUCAGUACCUGGGAUCAAUGUGGACGUGCAUUCGCCGCUUUUCUCAGCUUGCCAGAGACUGGUCACAGCCCAUGCGUGAGGGACUUCAAGGAUGUCCCCAUCUACAGCUUUCAAGUCUCACAGCGCGACAUGCUGGACAGCCUGCACAGAGUACUCGGCACGAAGGACUCUGACUGGGAGAUCAAGUAUGAGCCUGUCUCUCAGCGCAUCAAGGAUGGAGCGGAGGAAUUUGCUAAAGGGAUUUUCACCGGAUUUGCAAAAAUGCUGUAUGGAGGGGUCUUUCAGGUGGACAACAGUCAGAGUGAUUAUGCUUCUACGCUUUCGGUGGCAAAUGAGACCCUUGGGUUGCCCAAGGAAGAUCUUGAUGAGGCCACGAAGCGGACAGUUGAGAUGGUCGAAGGUGGAUGGAAUCCCUUUGGAAAUAUGGGUUGA